AUGAACCGAGGUGGAAGGCAGAGUAUUACCGGCGAGCUGGGCGAGGUGGAGAGCUGGGCGACGAUAGUGGAGGUGGGGAGCUGGGCGACGGUGAUGGAGGAGAGGUGCGACGGUGGAGGUGGCGAGCUGGGCGACUACGAUGGAGGAGCGGAGCUCCGCGACGGCGAUGGAGGAGAGAUUAAACUGCUGAAACAGAAUGCAGACGAAAUUGUCGGAAGAAAGGAGGCGCAGACGGAAUUGCUGGUAAAGAACCGGGGUAACCAAAACUGGGGUAUCCUGAAAGGAAGGAUUGAUGAUCAAAUGUCAGGGCAGCGAGAAACGCUAGCCGGAUUAACACUUGACGACGUCUUAGCAAAGCAGAAAGCAUUUUACCACUCACAAUCCAACACCAAAACCCUCCUUGAUAUCCUCAAAGACGACGUCUCCUUCAACAAGAACCGCAAGUCUUGGAAAGCAUUCAAGGACACGCUUCUGCUAAAGCGUUACGGCUCUGCUUGGACCCGAAUUCCCACUUCCGACAUUCCCAUCUCAUUCUGCCGCCGCACCUCUCUCAAACACUUUCAAUCCAUGGCUGACAACACCGACAACGUUGAUGAAGUCCCAGCCUUACCUCCCGCUUCACUCGCACCCAAGGCCACCUUCUCCCGCCGGAGUUCCACCCGCUACAGCUCCCCGUCUGAGGUCACAUUCACCGCUGGCGAUCCCACGGAGCCGGCCCCUGCCGGCAGCGCGCUACUCCGGCCUCAGCUUUCGCGACGGAACUCCUCCGGCAUGGUGUCGGAGCCAUUCCGGAAGGGCCGCGUGGUGACGUUCCGGGACAACUUGGACGACGAGGAGCAGGACGAGGAGGACGGGUCACGUGCAGAUGGCAGCAGGACACUAUCAGCAAGAGAGGCGGUUGCAGCACAGGAGGCGGCGGAGGCGGCUGCUGCAGGGGAGGUUGUUGGAGAUGGAGAGGAAGACGAGGCAGCGCAGCCGGUGAUGAUGUCACUGAUGGACUUGUUGGAGGAGACUGACAGAGAGAUGGGGCUUGAAGGAUCGAGGUACAUUCUGAGUGAUGAAGAGGAUUUUGACGAGGAUGAGGAAGAUGAGGAUGGUGACGGUGAUGACUUGGAAUACACGUGCUCAGUGUGCAUGGUGAGGCAUAAGGCUAAUGCUAUCAGCCGCUGUGGCCACUCUUACUGCAGGAUGUGCUCUAGGGAACUCAUGGCUGGCAAAGGCAACUGCCCUCUCUGCAACAAUUUCGUUGUUGAGAUUCUUGACAUCUUUUGA